CACUCCAGUGCUCAACCGUUGGUGAAUGUGAAACGAUCGCAAGAUGGAAGUAAGUUUGUUUGCCGCAAUCGCAAUCGGUUCCCUAGUUCUGUUUGUAUAUCGUUGGGUUUCGAAAAAGUACGAGUACUUUCUUUCGAAACCGAUUCCGUGCAUAAAACCGACCUUCCUACUGGGAAGUAGUGCACCGGUAAUUUUUCGAACAAAAACUCUUAAGUCUCACAUUGGAACUCUGUACAACACUUAUCCGCAGUGCAGGAUAGUAGGAUUUUAUGAGCUCAUGAGACCAGUAUUUAUGUUACGGGAUGCGACCGUAAUAAAAAAAAUUGCCGUGAAAGAUUUCGACUUCUUCAUGGAUCAUUCUCCGUCGAUCAGUAACGCGCCUCCGGACGGUGAGGUGGGUGGCGAGACUUUGUUCGGUAAUUCGCUGUUUGCAUUACGUGGUCAAAAGUGGAGAGAUAUGCGUUCGACGCUAAACCCGGCCUUCAAAGGAAAUAAAAUGACAAAUGACAAAUUUUCAAUCACUGAAAGUUCAAGUCCUUGCUGUGCGAAAUGA